AUGGUCAAUCAUUCUCUACAAUAUAAAGAGAAUCUGACGGAAAGUUCACCAUCAGCAGCACCAGACUCUGUGGAAACACAAGAUUUUUCCACUCAUCUUGAUUUGAGUCGUAUAACCGUGCCGAAGAAGAUAGCUCACUUAAAGGCCGGUUAUACAUUAUGUAGUAAUGGUGAAAUAUUAAUAUUACAAGAUGGUGUCACGGCGUUACAAAUAAGAAAUCGUACAUUAGUACCACAACAUCUUCAGUGGAAUCGUGGUCUUAUCCGCGAUAUUUGUUGGUCAUCAUUACGUCAUGUAUUUAUAUUUUUAUGUCAAAAACGUGUUUAUAGUUUUGAUCCGACAAAUCCAGAAUCCGAAACAAAUAAAUUUCAAGAUAUUUUACCGUACGAGGAAAAAGAUUCAUUUUGGAAAUGUUCAUGUAUUCAAUCAUCACUUUAUAUUUGUUAUUCGGGAUACGCAACAUCCGUCGAAGAAUAUGAUCUAUCAUCCUCUACUCCUACGUUAAAAAAGCGGUGGAUUUCGCCAAAAUCAUGUUUGGCAACAGAGGGCAUAUGGGCGAUUCAAUGUCAUCAAGAUCAAAUUGGUUUAACAAUAAUGGAUGUAACAACAAAAGAAUGGCGAAUAGAAGUUCGAAACAUGAAACUGAAAAAAUUAUGGGAUCUGAAGAUUCCUAUUACUACUGGUGAUUGUGAACUAACUUUAUUACCGAACAAUGAUUGGCUUGUUAUAAAUAGUUGUGGUAAUCGUUUAUUUCAAAUAUCAGAUCGCAAAAUGAAAGUAGCUGUUCAGUAUGAGAGGGAACUAAAAAAUGCCGUGAUGUUUGCUGAUAAGUUUUUUAUUGUACGAACAAAAAAUACAAUUGAAAUCCAUUAA